UUGCACUUUCGCGCCCCAGUAAGUGUCAUGAAAGUCCUUUUGUAUUCUAAAGAAAAUGUACAACAAUCUUUUUUUAAAAACUGUAUGAGACUUAGAAGUAAAGUCGUACAAAAUGCGUUAUCAAUUCUAUUCUAGAGUGUUGAGCAGACAAUGGAACGUCUAUCAGGGUCUCAAUCUUUCCAAACGAUCUCCAACCACACACAAAUUCUUUCACGCAUCUGCGAAGCGAUUAGCCAUUAAACCAUUCAUGUUGGCAGAUAUUGGAGAAGGUUAGAAUAGUGACAUGAUUAAAUAUCUUCCUCUUACUAAUUCAUAUUUUAGGAAUCAAAGAAUGUGAAAUCAUACAGUGGUUCGUGGAGCCAGAAGCCCGGGUGGAGGAAUGGGACAAAUUAUGUGAAGUACAAAGUGACAAGGCUUCGGUCGAAAUUACCAGUCGAUUCUCCGGUGUCAUAAAGAAAUUGCAUUAUGAAGCUGGGGAUAUGGCACAGGUGGGAAAACCUCUCUUGGAUAUUGAUAUACAAGGAGGGGUCGAGCAAGAGGAUUCAGGUGUCGUUGAGGGGUCAAGUACUGGCCAGGACUCUAAAGCCCAAUCUCUGGACAGGUCAUCCACAGAAUACAAAGUAGAUGUCCCGGGUGCUUCGCAACCAGCUGCUAAGACUCAGUCUUUCCCUCCAGCUCCUAAAGGAAAGUAUGCAGCAUUAGCGACACCAGCAGUACGCCAUCUUACAAAAGAGUUGGAUGUAAAUAUAUUAGAUGUGACAGGUACGGGGAAAGAUGGCCGUGUACUCAAGGAGGAUGUGCAUCAAUUUGCGAGACAGAGAGACAGUGCUCCGUCAACAACCCAAGAGCUCCCCGAGGAAGCGAACGGCGGGUCUCAGAAGGAGUAUACUACUUCAUUAACGCCUAUUCAACAGCAAAUGUUCAAGGUUAUGACGAAGUCUCUGGCCAUACCUCAAUUUCUAUAUACUGAUGAAAUAGACUUCACGAAACUCUUUCAAGUACGAGAUCGUAUCAAUAAACAACUGGCAAGCUCCCCCGUCAACGGGGUCGCCAAGCUAUCCUACCUACCAUUCAUCGUCAAAGCUGUCUCUUUAACUCUCAAUCAUUACCCCAUUCUAAAUGCUCGGGUCGACAUUGAUCCCGCCACUCAAAAGCCCAUAUUGACAAUGCGUCCUCAACACAAUAUCGGCAUUGCAAUGGACACCCCAGCAGGCCUCCUGGUCCCUGUCCUUAAACACGCCCAAACCACGUCCAGCCUCCUCUCCAUAACUCAAACUCUCACCUCCCUCCAAUCUCUUGCCACAACCUCCACACUCACUUCUUCCCAUCUCUCUGGUGGUACCAUAACCAUUUCUAACAUCGGCAACAUCGGCGGCACUUACCUCUCUCCCGUCAUCGUCGAGUCUCAGCUCGCCAUCCUCGGCAUCGGCAAACUACGCACCAUACCUGCGUUCGACGCCGACGGGAAUGUUGUCCGAAAACAAGUCAUCAAUUUCAGCUGGAGCGCCGACCACCGAGUGAUUGACGGUGCAACCAUGGCUCGCGCCGCCGAAAUGGUCAGAGGAUAUAUUGAAGAUCCAGAAACCAUGCUCUUGCAUAUGAAAUGAUGCACUACUGCACAUCCAACCUACAUGACAUCAUGCCCUGGUCUCGUUUUGCAUACAUGUAUGCCUAGUAAAAGCGGCUGCAGAAUCCAACACCACGAGAUCGUUUUUUGCCCCAGACCACAAGAUCUCAUUUCACGCUGCAUUCUGCAUCACCUUGAGAUAUUUGAUAGAAACACAACAUACGCAUUACUGUAAUACCAUACCCCACGGGCACAAGGAUACGCAUUUCUCACCCACUUCCAAUUGGGUAAACGAAGUCACGAAGUCUGUUUCCACGUUGGCAACCACAUCAAAUGUGACUAACUCACUAUAAACAUCUGCGUCGCAUUCGGGGUCUCAAAAGAAAGGGGGCGUUCGGGUUCAGCUUUCGGGUUCAAAUGAAAGAAAAAAUGGAUAAUGGAUAUUGAUUGAUUGCACUUGCACUUGCGAAUGCGAACCCUCCCAUUCCGGCGUAGCAUAAAAAUAAAAUACAAAACAAAACAAAUAUACAUACAUACAUGCAUAAAUCAAGAAC